AUGCGCUCACUGAGGCUUCGAUUAAAAUCGCUAUUCACUCAACCAAUUAUUCUCAUAUUUUUCACUCAAUUGUUAUUUCUUUUGUACUUUGUAAGCACAAUAAAAGAUACUCUAAAUGAUUACUCCGAUCAAAAUGUCACUUUCGAUAUUGCCAAGACUGAGAAUGGUAGAAGUCUCGAUAUAACUAUUGUUGUGGUUGUUGGCGAUGCGCAAACAGCAAAAAUUGAUUACAGAAAUGCUCUCGAAUCGGUCAAAUGUUACAGUCAAAUGCAUAAUUAUCGAUUUUGGCUAAUCGAGGAUAAGAAAUUUUCACAUCUGUGUCGUCAGAGAGACUUUAUGUUUCGACGUCAUUGCAUCAUCGCAAAUCUACUCAUUCGAUCUGAAUGGAUUCUAUUCUUGGAUGCUGAUAUUGCUAUUGUAAACCCACGAAUAUUAAUCGAGGAGUUCAUUGAUCCUCGUUAUGACAUAAUAAUGUACGAUAGAUUUGUAAACUGGGAGAUUGCCACUGGUUCUUAUCUAGUCAAAAAUACAGAAUGGUCUCGAACAUUUCUGAAAAGGUUUGCCAAUUUCGAAAACCGCCUCCCAAAUAGCUUCCAUGGAACUGACAAUGGAGCCUUUCACAUAUUCCUUCAAGAAACACUUUUUCCGAAGCACAAUAAAGGAUUGGCAAAAGUUUGCAUGGCAAUUUGGGAAUAUUCUCGGAAUUUUGACAACUUGUUCACCAUGGAAGCCUGCGUUCGAUCGAUUAUUGGUGAGAAACGAGAUUUUAAGAAAUUGAAGAUCCUCAAUAAGGGAACUGGAUGGGUUCGAGAUAUCUGGCUCACGGACUCUAAAUGGAGUCCAGAAAGAGAUUUCAUGUUGCACGGCCUCAAAGAAUUUAAUCAAGAAUCAAAAAACAUGCAAAUUCGACUGCAUGCUAAAAAUACAUUCACAUUUAUUCUUGUCGUUGGAUUUCUUUAUCUAGGAUAUUUGAUAUUCUUUGCAUCGGGCGAUGGUUUACCUGAAAUCGAUGUCGAUUUAAAGGAUGUUAUUAGCUAUGCAGUGCUCGCCGUUGAAAUGGGCGGAAUUGCAGUACACAAGGUUCAUCAAGAGAAAAGUCUAAAUGCUGCUGCCAAAGGUUUAACCGAUGAAGGAAAAGAAGAAUUACUGACUCGUGCGGAUUUAAUCUCAAAUCACUUGAUUCUUGAUAUUUUGCAGCGAUUUCCAAGGCUAUCGGUGGUUUCUGAAGAAAAAGAAUCCACAAUGUCCGAACGUGAGAUCGAGCCAUACAGAAGUGACAAUUAUGCAGUUUGGCAGAGUGUCAAAGAGAUUUUGAACAAAAUUCCAUCUCGUCGAUUAGAAUUGGAUGAAGUUCGAGUAUUCGUCGAUCCACUGGAUGCAACGCAAGAAUUCACUGAGGAUCUCACGCAAUAUGUCACUGUAAUGGCUUGCAUUGUUGUGAAAGACGAGCCAAUAUUCGGUGCAAUCUAUCGUCCAUUUUUCAACGAGACCAUUUUCGGUUUGAAAGAUUGGGGAGUCAUCACAUCAUCCGGUGUCAAAAUUGAGCCGGUCCCCAUCGAGAAUACCAGCAAAAAAGUGGUUGUUUCAAGAUCGCACGCAGGAAAAGUGGCAAGUGUUGUGAAGCAAGUGCUCGGCGAGCAAACGGAGAUCGAACCUGCUGGCGGUAGUGGAUAUAAGGCGCUGCGAUUGGUCAAUGGAACAGCCGAAAUCUAUUUGCACACCACCGCUAUCAAAAAAUGGGAUACUUGUGCCGGAGACGCGAUUCUACGAACUAUGGGCGGGGCUAUGCUCGAUCUUGAAGGAAAUCCACUCAAGUAUUCUGAAAACGAGCCAAUCGUGAAUAAGAAGGGCCUUCUCGCGACAGUCCGAACACCAUACACCUACUUCAAACGGUUCUCUUCAGUUAAACUCUUAAUGGAAGUGACGGUUCCAUUCACUCCAUGCGAAUGGGCCAAACUUCGACAUUUAUUGCAAAGCAACAUCAUUGAAGAUGUCGCCGAAUCGAUAUCUCUUCUAAAUAUGGGUAUAGUGAGGUGCGGCGAAUCGACACCAUUAGCAGUACUGUGCAGUCAUGUCAUCAUGGAAGCGAUUUAUACAGAUCUCCAGGAAGUCGAUGAGAAGGAUUUAUGGCGGAAAAACCUCGAUUCGCAAAGGAAUCACGGAUUCGCGAUUGUUCGGUGA